AUGGGCACAGCAGUGUACCCCUCAGACCGUGACCUCCGGGUGACAUCGCACCCCUCCCACUCUCCCCUGGCACGGCCUCUGCAUCCGCCGCACUCCCAGACUCUGCCUGACUUUCUCAGGAUUCCGGGAACAGAGGAUGAUUUUUCUGCCAAAGCCGGUCGGGGAGGUGUGGGCGGAGCAGACACGGACAGGAGGCUGCAACACGAGCACUUAGCGGAUUCAGAGGGAUCAGAGCUGACAGCGGCGUUCAGGAGACGCCGGGAUGUGACCGAGCACACGGCGGCGCUUUGUGUCUCGUCGAAUCCCCUGCUCUCCGCUGCGCCCCUGCACCCCUCCUGCACCCCUCCUGCACCCCCCCCUGCACCCUGCGGGAAAGGGAACUGUCAGCAGAGUGACAAGAGCGAGCGCCGAGGAGAGCUCUGA